AGAGAGAGAGAGAGAGAGAGAGAGAGAGAGAGAGAGAGAGCUUACUCCAGGUUUACAGGACAGAACAUAUUGAUUCUUGCUUCUGUGUUGAUAAAAGGCCUUUUGAAAACAGCAAACCAAUCGGUGCUUAUCAGGUCUGCUGGGAAAUGCACAAGUUCAUCCCAGGGAGUUCAUUCUUGGCUUUCCAGGCAAGUCGGGUCCAACCACACACCCCUGUCCUGAUACCUCCACAGAGCCGAGCCAUGGCUAGCCACCCAUUGAUUGUGCCCCCCCCGGCCUCCCUGAGGAAGCCCCUGGAUGUCCCAAACACACUUCUGUUGGGACCUGGACCUGCCAAUGUUUCUUCUCGGGUCAUGCUUGCAGGGGGCCACCAAAUGAUUGGACACAUGCAGAAUGAUAUGCAUCGGAUCAUGGAUGAGAUCAAAGAUGGCAUCCGGUAUGCUUUCCAAACACAGAACAAGCUCACUCUGGCCAUCAGUGGCUCCGGACACACAGUUAUGGAAGUUGCCAUGUUCAACCUGAUUGAACCUGGGGACUCCAUCCUGGUAGGAGUGAAUGGCAACUGGGGACAGCGGAUAGUGGACAUGGCUGAGAGGAUUGGAGCCAAAGUGUACCAGAUGGUGAAGGCCCCUGGAGAGUAUUAUACACUGCAAGAUGUGGAAAAGGGUCUCACUCAACAUAAACCUAUGGUGCUCUUUCUCACCCAUGGAGAAUCAUCCACUGGAGUAGUCCAGCCAUUGGAUGGAUAUGGUGAUCUUUGCCACAGGCAUAAUUGUUUGCUCCUGGUGGACUCCGUAGCCUCGUUAGGGGGAGCUCCAAUUUACAUGGACAAGCAAGGCAUUGACAUCUUGUACUCUGGCUCUCAGAAAGUCUUAAAUUCCCCUCCUGGCACUUCCAUGAUUUCCUUCAGUGAAAAAGCUGGAAAUAAGAUUUUUAAUCGGAAGACAAAGCCUUUUUCUUUUAAUUUGGAUAUGAAGUGGCUGGCCAACUUUUGGGGUUGUGAUGACAAUCCUAGAGUGUAUCAUCACACACCCCCAGUCAUCAGCCUCUUUGCCCUUCGAGAGAGUUUGGCCCUGUUAGCUGAAGAGGGCCUGGAGAAGAGCUGGAAGAAACAUCGGGAGGCCACUGACUACCUGCACAAAGAACUUCAGAAGCUGGGCUUCCAGCUCUUUGUGAAGGACCCGAAGGUGAGGUUACCCACAGUCACUGCAGUGGCUGUUCCUCUGGGAUACAACUGGAAGGACAUCACCUCCUAUGUCUUGAAGCAUUACAGCAUUGAGAUCACCGGAGGCCUGGGACCCUCUGCAGGACAGGUGCUGAGGAUUGGUCUCCUUGGGUGCAAUGCCACCAAAGCCAACGUGGACCGAGUCAUCCUAGCCUUGAAGGAUGCCCUGCAGCAUUGCCCCAAGAACAAGCUGUAGGGGCUCCCGCCCCCUCACCCUCCUCCUCAUCUGAAAUAAGCUAAACCUUAACUUGAUUGAACUGGGGGCGGGUGAGAAUCUAAGGGAGAGGGAGCCAGAGAAAGAGGAGGGAAGAUGUAUCCUCUUGAAAAAGGAAGAGAGGACAGGCAGGGUGACAGGGUUAGGGGGCCCCUCUCCGUUCCUUGUCUUCAUGGGCCCCCCUUCUGUUCUGGUGGUGUCUCCUUCGCAUAUGGGCUAAUCAUCCCUCGGUUCCUUUUCUGUAGAGCUCAGAGCCCCAAACCUCCGGAAAAUGGUCUUUGCAGCUUCUGAUUUCUCAAGGGUUUUCUGGGAAACUGGUGUCAGCCCAAUCCAUGCCUAUGUCGUUCUUGAAUUAAAGAACCUGUUUAGUCUGC